AUCGCUUGACUUCCCUCUCAAUGAAUAUUGAAGAAAAGUCUCCUUUAAAAAUUGAAUUGAGUCUGCAAACUUGGUAGGUGGAAUACUGAGGACAUGUUCUUUGCCCCAGUGGAACUUUUGGAGAAAUCUGCUGGCUAAACUUGUAUUUUCAGUUCUCGGGCAUCAACCAUGGAUGAAGACUCCAGUGAUAUCUCAGCAGCGCAGCUGGCUGCCAUACAGAAAAAAGGUCAGUUCAACCGGUCCAUUUCCCUCGCCCUGUCGGCAAAGAAGAGUGAGGAUUCCAAGCCUCCACAAGAUGAUGGAACUCGGACUCCUGACAUCUCGGCUACCACAAAAUGUCCAGGACUGGAAGCUUGCAUCAAAUCAACGGUUAACUUCGAGCAUAAAGCACAGACUGAUGCAACAACAUUGGGGGAAGACUUGGAAGACGUCCAGUCCUCUGAUGAUGUAACGACAGAAGAAAGCACAUCUACCAGCAGUGAUGAUGACUACGGUGCGGUGCAAAUCACACUUAUCCCCCAGGCGACCUCUUCCCGUCGUAGGCGGAGAACCAAGCUUCAACGUCAUAGGAUGAGGCAAUCUCAGAGGGAGUUUCUUGCACCAUUGUUAGACGAGGAUGACUUAGAUGACGAUAUAUCCUGUCUAGGCACAGUCGAGGCCGAAGACAGGCCACAGAGGGUCCCUACAUUGAUGGAACUGUGUAUGCAGAAAGGUUUCUCCCGGUCCGGACCAUUUCCCCCAGGGCUGAGGCCAGCGCUAUCCCAGCAUCACAACAAGGCGAGGCUGGCCGCCCUACAGAUGCGCUGGCUGGGACGAAACCUGGCACUUCUUGAGAAGCAGAUAAAGUGGAACCUUGUUGAGACCACAGGUCCGCACGGCUUGAAGUGUAUGCAGUUGAGGCGUAAUGUCAGAUCUCUAUGGAGGAGCGAGUGGUGGCCAAACGACAGGAAGCCACACCCACAGAGGGUACGAUGGAUUGUGCCUGUUGGCUGCCAGGCGUACGAUGGAGCGAAUUGGAAAAUAGCAGCCCUAGCACACUACAUCAACUUGACUCUCCCACAUCUAAGUAGUGACAGUGAUGGGUCAUCCCAGAAAGAACAGCAACAGCACUUCAUGGAUAGAGAUGUCCAGCAGGUCAAGCGAUGCCUGAGAAAAAGAUAUCCCAAGCUGGUGAAGUAUUGCUUUGAUCAUGCAAUGGCCUACGUAUGGUGGGCUAGGGGAAGAUGCAACAGAGCACAGGAUGCCUUCAUCAAGACUGCCAAGCAGUAUCCAACUGACAAAAUUUCCGAGACUGAGCGCAGCACGCUCUGGGCACGCCACCGAUCCAUGGUCCUGGUUGAAAUUGGCCGUCUGCUGGUGACCUUUAACCUACCGGACUCGGCUGGGCAGUUCUACCGGGAGGCUGCAGACAUGGCUGACAAAUAUCUUCAUCCUGAAGAGGUUGCCAAGCUCAGCCUCCAAUCCCUGGCACUAACAGCUUCGGCUUAUGAUCAAGGUGUCAUGGAUCGUCAAUCAGCCGUCCAGGCUUCCAGUCUCUGGAUGGUUGCUGCAAAGCAAGCUGUGGCUCUCAAGCCAGUACCGCCAACCAGCAUGCAAGAUUUUGAAUGGGGAGAGCGAGGGGAACAUCUGCAGGAACAGCCUGUCCACGAGGCAGUGCUGGCUGCGGUGGAAUCACUGCUUCAUUGUCACGCUGGACACCUUACCGACAGCCAAGGUUUCCGAGACUCUUGGCACCGGAAUCGUGUCUGGCUGACCGGGGCCAGAGCCUAUCUGGAGAAGCUUCAGAGCCAGCAGACCCCCUUUGUGGGGUUGUAUCUCUCCUUUGUGCUGGCCAUGCUCAACGAGGGAAUCGCUGCAGAGAAUGCAUACCAUUACUCCUUGUUGAGCACUGCCUGGACAGGGCAUCCAGGUGAGAUUUCCAGAAUGUUGACUGAGGACGACAUCAGACCCCACCCCUGGUGGCUCUUCAGGGGGUGGAUCACAGCGCGCACCGCAGCCAUGGGGAAGGUGAUCACAGAGCCCCUGCGAGUUCUGCCCUUGGUGUGGCGGAGGGGCCUGCAGCAACCAUCAUACAGAUUUGAUAGGAGCCCCAUUGGUGUUGUAUGCAAGCAAGUUGCUGAUAUUCAAGGAUUGACCCCUGACCUGCAUGUGACCCCUAAAGGUCACUUGACUGGUGCCAUGGUUCAGAAUCUCCCACCAAUGACGAAGGUCUGCUUUGAUGCGUACAACGGUCAAGUUCAUCUCGGUGACUCUUGCUGUGAGGACCUCCAUCGAUGGGACAACUACGGUGAAGCCGAUCGGAUCCGUGAACAAUCUCACUUUGACUGUAACAGUUCCCUCCCGCAACCAAACGUUAUUUACAACGACCCUCUGACGUCGACCACAGUUAGCGUUAUGAUUACAAGCAUGAGCAAAUACUACGAAUUGGAAGCCAACCGACAUCCCAUUACCGUCGAUUUCAAGAGAUAUUCACAGCAAACUGCGGAAAACUUGAAGUUGAUCCAGAGGGAAUCUCAGCCGGCUAUCUCUGUUGUCUACCGGAGAAGAGGGACCAAGGUCACGGUCAACAUUGUUGAUGCUGUCUUGCAGGAACAAAAGAAGCAAAUACUUGAAGCUUUUUCUAGUCAGCUUGAGAAGAAUCCAAAGUGUGAUGCUCAGGCUGCCCGCAUGAAAGAGGCUGAAGGCUUCAUUGAUUUCUGCAUUAACAGGUCUUGUGACUGCACUCUAGAUCUAUUGCAGAGCUUUAUGGAAACCAGAAUCAACGGAAGUUCCUCGCAACCAGCGCCCCAACAUACCCCAUCCACCAAUAGGGACUUUGCCAAAUUUGUUUACGGGAAAAAGAAUUUGCACAGGUUCAAGACUGUAGAGAUGCGCUUGAAAAGUGUUCUGUAUGUUGGCAAGGCAACGGUGGUGCUGCUGCUUCAGAUGCGCAGAUAUGACGUAUUAUUGUUCCUAGACUGCUCUUCUGCAGCAAGUUUCAGUCGCCCCAUCUUAAGAAAAAGUCAAGAGAAACGUACAACCUACUUGUAUGGAGCAGGCAAGCCUAGCUGGGUAGUACCAAGUAAAUGCCAUUGCUGGAAUGCUCCAAACCCGACAGCAGGUCUGCUCUUUACAUUCACUGAUAGUCGUGAUGAACGAGAUGACAGUCUAACACACUUUAAGAUGCAUGUAUUCGAUGAGAGCGGUGAUGUCAUCAGCUUCAAGACUUUUGAGAAAAGAAAGGAGCAAGAUGUCAGCAAGGCGCGAUAUUUUACAUCAUGUGAAGGACCCAAAAUUAUUGGCACUAACAAAAUCAGAACAAAGGUCACAGUGUGUGACUAUGAGACACAGGAAGAGAAGUGGUCAGCCGAGUUUGCCAGAAUAGAGAAAGUGGCAGUGGCCCAGAGCACCGUCUACAUCUCAACAAUAGAGGGCGUUUACGCUCUGGCUAUCAACUCGCUGGAGCCUCUCGUGAUCGUUCACCUCAAUUCCAGUGAUUUUGUCGCACCUUCCAAUGACAACGGACUGCUCUUGUAUCUGCCUAUUGCAAGUGCAAAGUCUCUGAAGGUGUUGGGCACAAACGAGGUAAUAGCAAAGAGCGACGGAACUGAGCAGUACAGGGGAACUUUCCUUGGCAUGGAGAACCAUGUACUUCUUGUGCGACGUCGCAAAAUGGAAGAGGGCGAAGAGACACCCAAUGUCUUGGAAGUAAAGGAUGUCAUGGUGCCAGGAAAGCCAGUGGAACUGUGCUAUCUUAGCGAAACGGCUGGCUUCGUAGUUUCUGCUACUAUCUUCAGUGACGAGACCCAGGCUUACUACAGAGAGAAUCUCUACUGGUUUGACAUGGCCGGCAACAUCAUCGCCACCCAUCCAUUCAUCGGUCGGGGUCGUCACGAAUUCCUACCGGUCUACCUCCGAGGCCCAAAGGAUGAUGGGAAGGCCGAUAACAAAGACAAGGAUUUGUACUUGUAUUUCGCAGAUGGCCUCGGAGCGCUGUGUUGCAUCAAGUUAGAUAUUCAUGAGUAUCGCUGAAAGCUUCCGGAUUCACGGAGAUUCAUUUUCUUGAUUUCGGAGAACUUUACUAUGAAUUUUUGUGUUGGAAAUGAGAGUAAAUUCAAUACGGUGCUGAAGUUUUAAAGUCACUCAGAGUUCAACUGUUACCAUAACCAUGUGCACGGGUUCAUGAACACUGUGUAAACACAACAUUUCCCUAUGGGGGUAGUAAAUAUUUUUUAACAAUAUUUCUAAAACCUGUGUAUGAUCAGCUGUCUAGAAGGGUCUAUUUUUAAGCUCUGGCAACAGAGCUUCUACAAGUCAGUCGGGUGUGGGUCGGUCGGUUGGUCCCCCCCAAAAAAAAUUUGACCAAAAACAAACCCCCCUAACUCACCCAUAAAACUGUAAGUACCAAAU